GCGUCGCUGCUGUGUUGAGCUGUGAUUGGACUGAGCUGCUAACAGAGGAACAGAAACAUAAGAGCUCUUAUUUACUGCUGCCACCUGCUAAACAAUAACCUGAGCUUGUAUCUGAUUGUUUAUCCUGAGAAGUCAGAGGACCGGCGGCAAGACGCGAAGCAAAGGAAGAAGAGAAGCUAGCUCUGUAGCUAGCUCUGUAGCUAGCUAGCUAGCCACUGUGCCUGUUGGGCUGUCAGAGGCUGCAGGAGAACUUCUGGAAAAUGGAUUUCCUCUGUGAAAUAGUUCAAGCCUUAGUGGCUUUGGCAGCUCUGGCUUUUAUUGUGGUGCUGGUGAUGGCGCAUGUCACCGCUGGGAUGAUAAACCUCUCACGCCACGAGAAGGAGAAAUAUUUCCUCACCGCCACGGGACAGAAGGAGCUUUUCCCCAGCCUCCAUGAUCCUCAUUCCAGAGAUCUCUCCGUGGUGAUCCCGGCCUACAACGAGGAGCUCCGAAUGCCUGUGAUGCUGGAUGAAGCUAUGAAGUACUUGGAAGACAGACAGAAACAGGACAGCUCUUUUACCUAUGAGGUCAUCGUGGUUGAUGAUGGCAGCAAAGACAAAACCACAGAGGUUGCUCUUGGGUACAGUAGAGAUUACGGUGCAGAUAAACUACGGGUGCUGACGCUGGUAGAGAACCGGGGGAAAGGAGGAGCUGUACGGAUGGGAACGCUGAGCUCCAGAGGGAAAGUCAUUCUGAUGGCGGAUGCUGAUGGAGCCACAAAGUUUUCUGACCUGGAGAAAGUCGAGGCUGGACUCAACAACCUGAAUCCUAAACCGGAGAACCUGGGCAUUUCCUGUGGCUCCAGAGCUCACCUGGAGCAGGAGUCAGUAGCUCAGCGUUCUGUGUUCCGUACGUUCCUCAUGUACGGGUUCCACUUCCUGGUCUGGUUCUUCUGUGUGAGAGGGAUCAAAGACACGCAGUGCGGCUUCAAGCUGUUCACACGGGAGGCGGCGCUCAAAACCUUCACCUGUCUCCACGUGGAGCGAUGGGCUUUUGAUGUGGAGCUGCUGUAUAUCGCCCAGUGUUUUAAAAUCCCCAUAGCAGAGGUGGCAGUCAACUGGACAGAAAUAGAAGGGUCUAAGCUGGUCCCCUUUUGGAGCUGGCUGCAGAUGGGACGGGACCUGGUCUUCAUCCGCCUGCGCUACCUCACCGGAGCCUGGAAGCUGAAGUCUCCACAGAAGACUGAUUAGCCAAUCAGACGAGCCCUGGUGUCCCAGAGACAGCCUCUGAUUGGGCCAUCAGACCUUUGGAGGAGGCGGGACUAACAGCUGUGUCCAUCGUUCACGGUGACAUCACGUCCUUCCCCUGUGAUGUCACACGCCGCUGGAUGUUGUGAUUCUUCAUGUUCCCGCCUUUUUAAAACUAUUUGGAUUUUGGCUUGUGAUGGCCGCUGUUACAUGCACAUUUCUGUUGCCGCGGCGACAGAACGUCUGUAUGACUGAUCCAGAGUUUGUGUUUAUUUUGUGGCCAAUCAGCUGUAAGUGAGAGCCUUGUAGUCAAAAUGUGGAGGAUCUGAUAAUUUGACAGGUAAAUGAAUGUUACUGUGUGAUGAUGGGAGUUUAUAUCUGGCUGAGGGUUGAUGGGACUAGAUGACUUGAACCAAAAUAAAAAACAAUGUAAUAUGUCAAUGAUUUAUGAUCUGAUAAUCAUUAUUAACCUUUUAACUACAGCUGCAACAAUU